AUGAAGAUGGCUGGAGGCUGGACGUGGCGCCUGCUGCUCCUGUCCUCUCUGGCCGUGGCCGCCGUGGCGGCCCUCGAGAAGCAGACGGAGUUCGGCGGCGCCGCAGAAGUGGACGAGGACCUGGGCCUGGACGAGGAGGAGCUGAGGGCCCUGAUGGCGGAAGAGGACCAGGAGGAAGAGGAGGAGGAGGAGGAGGCCACGGUGAUGGACGACGAGCAGGUCGAGGAGCCGGCUGGAAGCGGAGCGGAAUCUGAAGUCUCUUUUCAGGUGACCUACAAAACUCCCGUUCCCACUGGAGACGUUUACUUCGCCGAAACGUUUGACGACGGCUCGCUGGACAGGUGGGCGGUGGAGACACUGAAGGAGAACAGAGUCCCCGGAGACCAGGGCCUGGUGCUGAAGUCCCGGGCCAAACACCACGCCAUCGCCGCCAUGCUGGACAAACCCUUCGUGUUCCAGGACGAGCCGCUGGUCCUCCAGUAUGAGGUGAAUUUUCAGGAUGGAAUCGACUGCGGGGGGGCUUACCUCAAACUGCUGUCCGACUCCGAGGGUCUGAACCUGGAGCAGUUCCACGACCACACGCCGUACACCAUCAUGUUCGGGCCCGACAAAUGCGGCGAGGACUACAAGCUGCACUUCAUCUUCCGCCACCGGAACCCCCUGAACAAAGACGUGGAGGAGAAGCACGCCAAGCGGGCCGACGUCGACCUCAAGAAGUUCUACAGCGACAAGAAGACCCACCUGUACACGCUGGUCCUGAACCCAGACAACAGCUACGAGAUGCUGAUCGACCAGGCCAGCGUGAGCCGCGGCAGCCUGCUGAGCGACGUGGUGCCUCCCGUCAACCCCCCCAAGGAGAUCGACGACCCCCACGACUCCAAACCGGAGGACUGGGACGAGCGGGCCAAGAUCCCCGACCCCGAGGCGGCCAAGCCCGAGGACUGGGAUGAGGAUGCACCUGCAAAGAUCGAAGACCCCGACGCUCUGAAACCAGAAGGCUGGCUGGACGAUGAGCCGGAGUUUGUCCCCGACCCCAACGCAGAGAAACCGGAGGACUGGGAUGAGGAGAUGGACGGGGAGUGGGAGGCCCCGCAGGUUCCCAACCCGGCCUGCGAGACGGCCCCCGGCUGCGGAGUGUGGAAGCGGCCCAUGAUCAACAACCCUCUGUACAAAGGCAAAUGGAAAGCCCCGCUGGUGGACAACCCCAACUACCAGGGAGUCUGGAAGCCGCGUAAGAUCCAGAACCCGGACUACUUCGAGGACCUGCAGCCGUUCCGGAUGGCGGCGGUCCGGGCUCUGGGCCUGGAGCUGUGGUCCAUGACCUCGGACAUCUACUUCGACAACUUCAUCCUCACCUCCCACAAGGAGCUGCUGAUGGCGGCGGAGGAGCGGCCCUGGCUGUGGGUGAUAUACGUCCUGACGGCGGGGCUGCCCGUGGGGCUGGCCGUGAUCUUCUGCUGGCCCAAGAAGGACGCCGGAGACGACGCCGAGGAGAGGAGCAAACAGGCCGUGAGGAAGAGGAGGGUACGGAAAGACUGA